AUGUUGACCAAGAAGGUACCUGUUUUAAGUGAUAUUGUGGUUUUUGGGUCACCGUGCACUGUGCACCAGGACGCGAAGAACAAGUCACUAGGAGCUCGUGGCAAGCAAGGCGUGAUCAUAGGCAAGAGCGAUGAAGUGAAAGGGUACCGUGUGUACAUUCCAAGGGACAAGGUCGUGGUCGUAACUCAACAUGUUAAGAACGUUGAAACCCUUACGAAGGAACAAAACGAUCAACUACGGCGCGUGCAUCUGAAGGAGAUUGAUGAAGUUGCGUGCGAUGGCUCGACGCAGAAAGAGAAGACGCAAGCGACUGUUCAUGAUGAGAUGAGAAGAAACCACUCGAAAGUUGGUGGCUGGACGCGAGAGGCGCAUAUGACGAGGGCGACUUCGAGAAAGUCACGCGAAGACAAUGCAGAACAAAAAGAGGAGGAGGUUUCGGAUGUGGUGAAUGUCAUUCGUGAGAGCGACCCAAAAUCCUACGGUCAGGCCAUGAAGAGCGGCUUAAAAGAUAAGUGGGUGGCAGCAAUGGAUGAGGAGCUGCGAGCUUUGGAAGACAACGAUGUGUGGAAGGUGGAAGUGCCGCCCAAGGGAAGCCAUGUCCUACACACCAAAUGGGUGUUCAAAACCAAGUUGAACGCAGAGGGAGAGAUCGAUCGUUUCAAAGCGAGGCUUGUGGCAUGCGGGAACGAGCAGGUCUACGGUGUCGACUACGGGUUGACGUUUGCUGCGGUGAUGGAAUUGAGCACGGUGAAGGUCAUACUGGUACUUGCCCUACGUUGGGGAGUACCAGCAAGACAUGGUGACAUACCUAACGCCUACGUGAAGGCGAACAAAGAGGAACACUUGGAGAUUUUUCUUGCCAUACCUCAAGGCAUGACUGUACCUGAUGUGAUUUUGAAGCAAUUUGGAACACAAGGCAGCGACAAACUGGCGCUCAGGCUUAAAAAGUCGCUUUACGGCCUUAAACAGGCGGGUCGUCUUUGGAGCAAAUUGCUGGACACGAAACUGGUCGAGGCUGGUUUUAGUCGAUGCAUGUCUGACGCAUGUCUGUAUUUCAGACACGACGGAGGCGAGCUGACAAUUGUCGGGGUAUAUGUUGAUGAUUUGUUGGUGACAGCGACAAGUCAGGACAAGGUGGAAGAAUUCUUUUAA